AAGACAUAUUAGUUUGUUCCCAGCUUGGGUCUGUCUUGGAUAAUUCUCAAGAUUCUACUUCGUCAUGGACUGGCUCCGCCGCUCGGUUCUGAUUUUGACGUUUGUUUGUUAUGUCACACGUGAUUUGAAGAGUUGUUCCGGGUUGGAGCUGAGUUCGCUGACACGGGGCCUCCUGAACUCGGCCAGGGAGCCCGAGUUCUACAAUUGGUUGAUAAGCAUCCGGAGGAGGAUCCAUGAAUACCCGGAGCUUGGUUUCCAGGAGCAUAAGACCAGUCAACUCAUCCGAUCGGAGCUACAUGCACUCGGCAUUGAGUAUACAUGGCCCGUGGCCGAGACUGGCAUCGUCGCCUCCAUCGGCUCCGGGUCUCGCCCCUGUUUUGGUCUCAGGGCUGACAUGGAUGCACUCCCCAUUCAGGAAUUAGUAGAAUGGAAACACAAGAGCAAGAUUGACGGGAAAAUGCAUGCUUGCGGCCAUGAUUCUCAUGUGGCAAUGCUCCUUGGAGCUGCUAAGCUUCUUCAACGAAGAAGGGAUUCUCUGAAGGGAACUGUGAAGCUAGUUUUUCAACCUGGGGAAGAGGGUUAUGCUGGUGCUUAUCAUAUGCUACAACAUGGUGCUCUUGAUGAUAUAGAUGGCAUGUUCUGUAUACAUGUUUUGCCUUCAUUACCAACAGGUGUUGUGUCUUCACGUUCCGGUACGAUGCUUGCUGGUGCUGGCCUAUUUUCAGCCAAAAUUCAAGGUAAAGGUGGACAUGGGGCAGCUCCCCAUCUGAACAAGGACCCAAUUCUUGCAGCAUCUCUUACCAUUGCUGCUUUGCAGCAGAUUGUAUCUAGAGAGAUGGAUCCCCUUGACUCCGGAGUGGUAACAGUUGGGUACAUAGAGGGAGGUCAGGCUGCAAAUGUAAUCCCAGAAACAGUGAAGUUUGGAGGAACUUUCAGGAGCUUGACUAACGAGGGUCUCCUCUACAUUGAGAAAAGGAUCAGAGAGAUCAUAGAGUUGCAAGCAACUGUUCAUAGGUGCAAUGCUGUGGUGGAUUUUAUGAAGGAAACACCAUUGCCUUACCCAGUAAUGAUUAAUGACGAUACAUUGUACGAACAUGCUAAGAAGGUGGGCACGACUUUGGUUGGGGAAUCUAAUGUGGAUACCUCUUUGGUAUCCAUGGGAUCAGAAGAUUUCAGCUUCUACUCGAACAAGAUACCCGCUUGUAUCUUUGGACUUGGAGUAAAGAAUGAGACACUGAAAUCUGAUCAGCCGCUGCACUCGCCACAGUUUGUCAUCGACGAAGAGGCACUUCCAAUUGGAGUUGCCUUUCAUGCUGCAGUUGCUAUCUCAUACUUAGAGUUUCUUCCUUUUCACCCUCCUUGAUAAUGCUACUGUCCAACCCAUUCACUGGAGAUGCCAUUGAUUCCUUCGUCUCAUCAAUCUCAAACACAUGUCCUGCAGCUAAAGCUCCACCAACAUCGCUUAUAUUCCCAAAAAUGAGAAGAAUCAUCCCUAGAAAACCAGCCCCAAAUGCCACUCCAAAGGAAACCCUUAAAUUUCCAGGAAUAACAGAUGCCAUGAUGAAUCCUGCGCAGGUGCCAACAGCUCUUGUCCAAGCUAACCAUGAUCCAAAAACACCUUCCUCCCCUAUUGGCGUACAAUCCAUCAACAAUGUCCUUCCAAAAGCAUGGAGUAACCCAGCUGAAGUACUUUGAAGAGCAGCUAAGAACAUGAUUAAGCCAUGAUUCCAAUUCUCACCCUUAAAGUAAAAUCCCACCCCUGAAGUAGCUAGAGAUAAUAAGAAACCUAAUAGUUGCAUUUUUAUAGCAUUAGCCUUUACUACGUGUUGCAUUAAUGGCUGUAUGAGAGGGACAGAGAGUGCAGGGAAGAUAAAAUAAGUCAAGAAGAAGUAAAGGACAUGUAAUGGUUUUAAGCAGAAUUGGCCGACUAGAUAGAGCAAUCCUGCUGUAAAAAUACACAUUGAUGUAAACGAUGAAAGGGUAAUUACAAUCAAGCUUCCAAUUC